UAAAACUGUUGUGUCAGUUAACAGCGAAACUUCUCAGCCCAUUACUCAAGAAACGUUUAACUUUAUAACAGUGUAAUAACACGUCCUAUUGACCCAAGAGAGUUAAGCGAUUGUUUGUAAAGUUUAAAGGCGGCACGCACGUCUAUAAACAUUAGUCACAUGACAGCUGAUGUGAUCACAUGACGGUCAUUGUCCCUGUUUAGAUUUCAUCACGCUCUGCUGUAUUUCUGUGUUGAUCUGACCGAUGGGGUCUCUGUGAGAAUGGCUACACUGUGGCUCUUUCUCGGGUUAACGCUGCUGUUCCUCCGUGGAAAAACCGAGGCUCGUCCUGUGGAAAACUACAGCAAUGAGAUCACAUCUCACAGAGACCUUUCACUGGAUUUCAAGGAAAAGUAUUUCAAACAGAUUUUAGACCACUUCAAUUACAACAGUCUUGGCAAUGGCACAUAUGAUCAACGCUACCUUAUUACAGAUAAGUACUGGAAGAAAGGCUAUGGACCCAUUUUCUUCUACACGGGCAAUGAGGGGGACAUAAGUGAGUUUGCACGUAAUUCGGGCUUCAUGGUAGAGCUGGCAGCAGCGCAGGGAGCCCUGCUCAUAUUUGCUGAACAUAGGUACUAUGGGAAAUCUCUUCCAUUUGGGAAGAAUUCUUUUAAAAUCCCUGAGGUGGGGUUGUUGACGGUGGAGCAGGCCCUCGCAGACUAUGCUGUCAUGAUCACAGAGCUGAAGGAGGAGCUGGGAGGUCAAACAUGUCCCGUCAUUGUCUUUGGUGGAAGCUAUGGAGGAAUGCUGAGUGUCUACAUGAGAAUCAGGUACCCCAAUAUUGUGGCUGGAGCAUUAGCCGCUAGCGCCCCCAUUCUGUCCACCGCAGGUCUCGGAGACCCUCGACAGUUUUUCCAGGAUGUAACUGCUGACUUUGAGAAGUUCAACCCUGCCUGCAGAAAUGCAGUGCAAGGAGCUUUCCAGAAGCUAAACACUUUGGCGCAACAGAAAGACUACAUCCGCAUCCAGUCUGCUUUCUCUCUGUGUAAAACUCCCUCCUCUCCAAAGGACAUUCAUCAGCUGAACGGAUUCUUACGUAACGCCUUCACCAUGAUGGCCAUGUUGGAUUAUCCCUACAGCACUCAUUUCAUGGGCAGCAUGCCAGCCUUUCCUGUAAAGGUGGCGUGUGAAAUUAUGCUGAAUGGCACUGAUCUAAUGUCUGCGCUCAGAGAUACUGUUGGCAUUGUGUAUAAUAACACCGGAGAGCUGACAUGUUAUGACCUCUACAGUCUCUAUGUGGAGUGCGCUGACCCCACCGGCUGUGGCCUGGGCUUUAACAGCUAUGCAUGGGAUUAUCAGGCCUGCACCGAGAUCGAGAUGUGCUUUGAGAGCAACAAUGUGACAGACAUGUUUCCGGCCAUGCCGUUCACUGAGCAGCAGAGGGAGCAGUACUGCUCAAACAGAUGGGGAGUUGUGCCACGGCCAGGGUGGCUGAAGACACAGUUCUGGGGCAAUGAUCUCUCCACCGCAAGCAAUAUCAUCUUCUCCAAUGGUGAUCUUGAUCCUUGGGCUAAUGGAGGGAUCAGGAAGUCACUCAGUCCGUCGCUGAUUGCAAUUACCAUACCGGAGGGAGCUCAUCAUCUGGAUUUAAGGGAGUCCAAUCCUGCUGAUCCAGAGUCUGUGAUUGUGGCUCGCAAGAAAGAAGCUGAAAUCAUUGCUCAAUGGGUGAAGACAGCAAGAAAGGAGCCAUUUUAAGAUGAAGUUUUAUAUACAAUUUAUUUCAACAUUUGUAAACUUGUGAAAUAUCAAAUAAAUCCAUUUAUUUUCCACUGAAAUGGAAACAAAAUGAAUGUCAAACAAAACAAAAACAUUAUGUACAACCUCACUCUCAAGUCUAAAUCAUCAUUUGCACAUUGCCAGUUGAGUUAAUGUGUCAUUAAAAAGAGUAUUUACAACUAUAA